GCGAGCUCCUCAUGUCCAGGCGCUGAUCAGGCAGAGGACCGAGUCAGUGAGCAUUUGGGAGUGCACUGCAGCAGGGCUGCGAAUGGCAAAUGAGGCUGGAUAAGAAAGUCAACAAUGAAACCUCUCAUCAUGUGCUAUGAGAGUGACUGGAUUCUGCGUGAUCGUACGACAGAGGCGGAACUAGUGGAAGACGGUGUGGAAUUGGGAGGGUACAGUUGUGAAUUCAGGCGUAAGCGGACCACUUGAAGGCGGGCGGACCAGCUGGGAACGGGCUUACUGCGAGAAUCUUCAGUGUCAUGACCGACUGACUGACUGUCGAUCGAUAUAUGGUGACAUUUGACAGUUUCCAAGUCCAGAUAAGGGCCAGGGUAAUUAUGGCUUAUAUAGGCUAUAACCUCGAAGAUUUUCAAUCCUCUUCCUCUCGAACUCGCCUUCCAUUUCCUCUUGGGACCCGCUCUUCGUCAGCUCUAGAUCAGAGCACGAGCUGUUGAAUCUCUCAUUCCUCGAGGUCUGCUCUGUCGUUGAGCAGGCAGCACGUAUAUUGUUCCUUUGUCACCGACCUACAUCAUAGAUUAAUUAGCUCUUGGGUGUUUCGGUAGAUUUUCAAAAUUGGGAACUCAAUAGUACACCCACCGGCCUUCAAUGGCCGGUGGACCACUGGUUUGUGUGGCUGCUUCGAAGAUUGUUCCUCAUGCUGCCUCGGAUACUGCUGUCCAUGUGUUCUGGUCGGGCGUACGGUGGAGAUCAUCGAUCAAGGAGUCACUUCUUGCUGUAUGGCUGGCUGCGUGUUCUGCUUGCUCCAAUACUGCACCGGCUGUGCAUGCUUCUACACCUUCAGCUACCGGGCACGCCUUAGACAAAAGUUUGAGUUGCCUGAAGCUCCUUGUGGAGAUCUGUGCACCGAUUGUUUCUGCAUAGAAUGCUCCAUAUGCCAAGUCUACAGAGAACUCAAGUACCGUGGUAUCGACCCAAGUCUCGGCUGGCAAUCAGUGAAACACAUCUAUGAUUCUCCGGGUCAGCCGCCUCAACCAGUAUACCAGGAGGUAGCACUCACACCAGGCCCACCAAUAUUCGACGAACCCCCACCAGCGCAGCAGGCUCCAGACAAGCAGUUCAUGGCUUCUGCUCCUCAACCAGGUUCAACGGGUCAGGGUGGCGGUUUAUAUCCCACAAUCAACACCGGCGAGCCGCAAUUCACUGCACCAGGCCAACAAUAUAUGGGGCAACCACAAAACAAUCCCUCCUUCGGUCCCCACUAAGACAUUGCGUCAAAAUUAGGCCAUGACAUCCGUAUCUCAUGUGCAGGUAAAUUGAACCCUAGGGGCCGAAGCACGAGAGGGACACAAUCUAGUUCAGAGUAGGUUGGGUAGAGUCUAGACCGUCCCUUCUAGUGAAUAGAUAACAUUAGAAUUACCAACGAUCACAUUCAUUCACAUGAGCUCUUACUCACAUUGAGCAGCCUCUCAUGAUUGUAAAUCAACAAAAAUAGCACUGAACAGGUGCUUUCUUCGAACCAGCACCCAUUCAGUUAUCAUUCAUUGCCUUUCCUCGGUUUCAUUUCUCAGCAUUUCGACAUUUCUCUCACCUGUCUACGAUGAACUGAAAGUGAGAAAUCAAAAUAUCUUAUACGCCUCGAUAUGCAAACCUCUACUCACCUUUUCCAAGGUCCGUAAUCACCCAAGGUCUUAACUUGGUCUCAUUGACCGAGGACAAGGUACAGAGUAGACAUUCCUUUCUUCCUGCACCAAUGGGGUUGAAGCAUUAUGUGUUCCUGUUGUGACACCAUCUCAUCUUGGAGAAGGGAGACAAAGUCCUCAAAGGGGACAGACAGGCCCUUAAGCCUGGUUGUCAACUUCUUCUGUUGACUUUACUGUAGACGAGCACGCGUAGCUUAGUCGGGCUACAACCAACUGUAAAUAACUAUUAAAAUAUAUUAUCUCCAGGUACGAACUUGCCUCUGGGAUUGUAGGACAACCUGAGU